GUUUUGAAUCUGAGACAGACAACACUGGGUGGACGUUGCUGCUUUGAGGGUGACGGUUAGCGGACAGCGCUGCGUUGAAGUUUUUGUAGUCCUCGACAACCAUUAAAAACCUGGGAAUUAACGAUGAGGAAGAGUGAGGUGCUCGCAGCGGAGUCGGUGACCUGCUUGAAUAAAGCCCUACACCACCUGAAGGACAUCUGGGAGGAGAUCGGCAUCUCCGAGGAGCAGAGGCUGCAGAGGACCAAUGUCGUCAAGAGUCACAUUAAGAGUUUACUGGAUAUGAUGGUUGCCGAGGAGGAGGCUCUGAAAAAGAGACUGAUGAUCAGCAUUGAAACAUGCCGCAACGAAAUGGCGAAACUCUGCUUGGAACUUCAAUUACCCAGAUUUGAGGAAGAGGCCGGCAGCACUAUGCUUCAGCAGGAGAAGGACAUCCGCACACGCGUGGAGGUGCUGGUGUUGGAGAAGAGCCAGCGCGUGCAGCAGCUGAAGGCCUUGAUGGAGCAGGACCACGACCUCUGUGACAUCCUGUGCUCCAUGCCAUACAGGGUCAACGAAGACUCUGUCCCCUCACUGGAACAGCUGGAAGACUUCCGGGAACACGUAACCAACCAGAUGGCUGAGAAGGGGAGGCGGCACGCUGAGUUUGUGGACAUCAAGAGACAGAUCAUCCUAUGCAUGGACGACCUGGAUCAGGUUCCUGAGACCAGCUUUGAAAAGGACAUUGUGUGCGAGGAUGAUGAGGCCUUCUGCCUGUCCAGAGACAACAUAACCUCUCUCAAGCUGCUGCUUUGUCAGUUGGAGGGGCACCGGGCUGAGAACGAGGCCCAGUGCGAGAUUCACAGGGAGCGGAUCCAGAGGCUGUGGGACAGACUGCAGGUCUCCCAGGAGGAGCGGGAGGCCUUCUCCCCGCACAUGGUCAUGUCAAAGAAACGGAAUCUCGACGUGCUACAAGCAGAGGCUCAGCGCCUGGAGGAGCUCAAGCUGUUGAACAUGCGCAACGUGACGGAAGCCAUCCGCUCCGAGAUCGCCGUGUUUUGGACAAAGUGCUUCCUGAGCAUGGACCAGCGACAGGAGUUUGUGCCGUAUUACAGUGAGGAUUUCACUGAGGAGCUGCUGGGUCUCCAUGAUGAAGAGAUCCAGCGACUGAGGCAGCACUAUGAAGACCACAAAGCGCUGUUUGAGGGCGUCCACCAGUGGGAAGAAAGCUGGAGACUCUUCCAGGACCUCGAGAAAAAAGCAACAGAUCCCACGAGGUUCACAAACCGGGGAGGAAACCUCCUCAAAGAGGAGAAGCAGAGGACCGAGUUGUCGAAAAGUCUCCCCAAGCUCGAGAAGAAGCUGACGUCGGAGAUCGAGGCCUGGGAGAGCGAGCAGGGCCGAGAGUUCCUGGUGAGCGGGCAGAAGUUCAUGCAGUACGUGGAGGAGCAGUGGGAGUCGCACCGCGUAGACAAGGAGAACGAGAAACAAGAGCGGCAACUGAAGAAGAGCAAGCAGACGGAGGAGGACAUGCUGUACGGCACGUCGGUACGCACGCCCGCCAAGCGGCGCUUGCUCGGCACCCCGACAGCCAACAAAACGCGGAGGUUUAACGCUACCUCCAGCCUCUCCAGCACCGCCUCUAACAGCACGUCGCGCUCCGUUUACGGCAUCUCCACCUGUCGCUCACCGGCAAUGUCCCGCCCUCCGCUGUCAGCCAAUAAGAUCCUGGCGCCCCGGACCCCAGGCCGCAUCAAACCCCCCCACGCUGGGCACCAGCGGUGGAACCGGGAGAACAUGGUCGAGGUCAAGGCGUCGCCUGUGAGCGGUGCGUUGAUGACCCCUGCUAGUCCAAAGCGUAACACCAGCAUAACCUCUGUUGCCACCACUUAUUCUGAAUUUCUGCGCGACCUCUCCAAGACCGCUAACUCCAAGGGAGAGCAAGACGUCAUAAACUCUACUGUCUCCCACCUCUGACCGUCCUCCAGAUUGAGAUUGACCUAAUGUCCAAUCCUAUCAGAUGAAUAACUACCUUUUUACUCAAUUUCUUAAUUAAUUGAAUUAAGUCAACCCUAAUCUUGGUGUAAAAAUGUCAAACUUCUACGUCGGAUUUUCUCAAAUCCCUAGUCAAAUUUUUCACAUCGGAAUCGUUGCAGAGUUCUAUAUUCAUUCUUCUGUUGUGGGUUUUGCCUGUAUACUACAGAAAAAAUCAUCUACAUUAUCACUGCCUUGGUGUGGGAAAUGAUUCUAUUUUACCUUUUUAAUUAACACUACUUUAGCUAGGUAUUGCAGUUUAGUAGAUAUGAAUGGUGUAUCCAUACACUGUAAUGUUUCUUAUAAAGCAUACAAUUGAAGGGUGGGCUCAUGAAACUCCUUUUUAAUAUGCAAUUGAGGGUCCCAGGCCAAAUAUUUUGUAUUUUUGCACUUUUAUAUAUUGCAUAGUUUAGUUCUAUGUCCAAUAAUGCUAUUUUGCAUUCACAUUUUCCUAAAGUAUUAUAUAUAUGUUAUGUAUGUGUGCUUGCACAUACAUACUGGUGUAAAUAUUGUCUUUCUUGUAUUUGCUUCUCCUUGACAUUUUAACAAGCUGCUGUUCUAAUAUGUAGGGUUAUAUAAAACAGCUUGUGAAAUGUGGGAUUUGUUUUUUAUUUGUCUUUUGUAACUAGGAAUUGUAAAUAAAUAGACAUAAAUAAAGAAUUAGAUUGUUCAACAAUGGAAUGGAAGGUUUUGCUGUAAGUGUAAAAUAAAUGAGCAUUACUGAAAUGCCAGCUAGUCUAAAAUGGAGUGUUGAUGAAUUGACCCAUGUUUAUAAUUAUUUAAUGACGAUUAAUUAAUUUCUACAUCAGCCACAAUGACGACUAAUGUAUCUGUUGCCCCUUGUUGGUUGUAUUGUCUCAUUCCAUAAGCCUAAUGGAAUGAGACUCAUUCCAUAAGCCUAAUGUAUUUUGCGCUCACAAUAAAAUCUCACAAUAG